UCCUGUAAAUUCUAGCUGCUGUCGCCGCCAUAUUUACCAAUCGCCAUUCUUAAGGAAUUACCAACAUUACGUAUCUAUACGGCUGUAACGGCCAGCAUCGCAAUUCGAUAUGUCGGGACUCUUCGGGAGCAGCGCUGCUGCGUCAACUUCUAGUAACACUAUUGGCGACUUAAAGAACGAUGUUGCCCUGGCGAAUCCCCCCGAUGACACAGUCUCAGACCUCGCCUUUUCCCCUACCUCAGACAUCUUAGCCGUCUCAAGCUGGGACAAGAAGGUCCGUAUAUAUCAGAUUGCUGCCAACGGUACUAGUGAAGGGAAGCAUAUGUAUGACCACGAGGCCCCUGUUCUCAGCGUAGACUUUUCUAAAGAUGGCAACAAGGUUGUGUCUUCCGGUGCCGACAAGCAGGCCAAAAUCUGCGACCUACAGACCCUCCAGACGGCGCAGGUAGCCGCGCACGAGCAGACCAUCCGAUGCGCCCGCUUCUUCGAGCUGCCCAACUCGAACGGUCCAAUGCUCGUGACGGGCUCGUGGGACAAGACCGUCAAAUACUGGGACCUACGGCAAAGUACGCCCGUCGGAUCCAUCACUUGCCAAGAACGUGUAUAUUCCAUGGAUGUGCGUAAUACGCUACUAGUAAUCGGCACUGCGGACCGCUACAUCAACGUCGUCAACCUCCAGGACCCCCUGAAAUUUUAUAAGACACUUCAAAGCCCUCUUAAGUGGCAGACUCGUGUAGUUAGCUGUUUUACAGACGCUAGCGGUUUUGCUAUUGGCAGUAUCGAGGGUCGUUGCGCCAUCCAGUAUGUGGAAGAGAAGGACUCGAGCUCUAAUUUCUCAUUCAAAUGUCACCGUGACGCGCCUCAGGGUAACACGACGCAGGUAUACGCUGUCAACGACAUCUCAUUCCAUCCACAUCACGGGACGUUCAGUACGGCCGGUAGCGACGGCACGUUCCACUUCUGGGACAAGGAAGCGAAACACCGGCUGAAGGGAUACCCCUCGGUAGGAGGCAGCAUCACGGCGACGACGUUCAACUCGGGAGGCACCAUCUUUGCGUACGCGGUCGGAUAUGACUGGAGUAAAGGUUAUAUGGGUAACAGUCAGAACUACCCUAACAAGGUCAUGCUACACCCCAUCCAGGGAGACGAGUGCAAGCCUCGCCAGAACGUCAAGAAGCGGUAGAGCGCCCACGGCUCAGGGCGACCCAAGGCGCGCAUGCUGGAUAAACAAGGUGAUUGGAAUAUGGAGAAGUAAUCAGGGCGGGACAGGAGGAGGGCAGCUAUUAGCAUGUUGUCGUGGCUACUACUUGCCCACGCGUAUAUCCAACAGAUUGGUUUGCCGAAUAAGCGGAUAAUCAGAAUGUGGCUUAUACGGCCCCGAGUCUGCCUUGCAGGAAACAGGAAAAGGAAAAAAAGAACGACAGAAGUUGUAGGAAUAUGGCUGCCGUAUAGGGCAAGGGGUAGAGAUGAGAGGGCAGGCGGACGACACGAUACCAUGUGACUUUAUCUACGU